AUGGUGAACAGUGCAGCCAAUACGAAUAACAUUCAGCAUCCGUACGGGCGCCGUCACGUGAACAGUGGGGGCAGUGUGUUGGCGAACGCGUUUGUCGCCUCACCGACCUCGGUUUACAACACUCCUCAGUUGGCCGAUCCGUAUUGCCAGGCGUUGGCUGAUCCGUUCCCAUCUACACCGUAUACGCCAGUGGGUCACCUAUUCAUGUCUAAUGCUGUGAGAAACACACGACCAAAUGUGUCGUUUUUGAUGCGCUCCAACACACGCAACGUUACACCUGUUACCAGCUCCAAGUUCGCUCAAUACACGACAAUUUACAACAUAGAGAAUGAAGCGACGGUCAGUCUAAUGAAUUCGAAGUUAAGAAUGCAGGUAUAUCAAACUACAGCACGCUAUACAGGAAAAAACAUCGCUUUGCGGCGCCUCGUCAAAACUACUGCCACUGCAGAAGACUGUAGUGCUGUCAAUGAGCAGUUCCGACACUAUCGGCACCCCAACCUAGUCCCACUGACGGGUGUGAUAGCCACAGAUGAGUUUAUCAUGGGAAGCAACGAUGUUAUUAUGGAGUACAAGUUUAUUUCAGGUGCAAAGAGUCUUCGUGAGGCAUUCUUUGUCGAGGGAAAAGUGACUGAAGGCCUUAUGUGGUCAUUCGCCUGCCAGAUGGUCGGUCUCAUGCGCGCUUUUCAUGAAACUGCCACACCGUUGCGUGGACUUCACUGGACAAAGAUUUUGUACGUUCCUGUAACGGGGCGAUUCUACUUCAGUGGCAUAGGGCUUGUGGACUUGGUGGAUCCGAAGGCCGCUAACAGUAGUAUAGGGGCGAUGAUGAAGCAGGACGUACAAGCGUUGGGGCUCGUGCUUCUCCAGCUUUCUACGCGCAGCCUAAAUGUGCGGCCGGAUGACUUUACCAGCCAGCCAGCGACUGGGUUCUCAGAAAGCUUCUGGACCCUUGUAAAGGCAUGUCUCGAUGGCAACGCAGACGUUGCAAGUCUGUGUCGUGCGUUGGGAGAACGAAUGUCAAUGGAAGUGGCGCACCAAGAAGGCCACGCCGACUACUUGAUCUCACAGUGUGCUAAAGAGGCGCACAAUGGACGGCUCAUGCGACUGAUGGUAAAACUCAAUUUUGUUUUAGAAUCGCUUCACGAAGUCCCUGACCACAGCGCAGAGGCACACAACCGUUACGCUUUGCGACUCUUCAGCCAGUAUGUCUUCAACCAGGUUGAUGAGCAGCACCGUACACGUUUAGACUGGGGUCACGUUUUUCACUCUUUGAACAAGCUCGAUUGUGGCUCCGAGGAGCUUGUGCAGCUUAUCGGAAAUGAUGAUGGGAACACUAUCUUAGUCAUUUCAUACCAUGAUCUGAGAGUAACCCUCGAAAGCGCCUUCGAGCAGUUACAAUUGUCAGCGAGUGAAGCGGACAUUCAACCGUACCCUGUCACUGUUGGUUCCACUUCGGCCGCAUUGUAG